AAACGAAGUGGAAGCCAAAUCAGCCGAGCGACAAGCCAACAAAAACGAAAAGGAAAUUAUCGAUCGAAGAGUGAAAAAGUCAUUCGACGCCUGAUUUGCUUUGGCAAAGAGGGCACACAAAUAAUUUUUUCGCAAAAAUCAUUUAAAUACUUCAAUUAUUCCACAAAAUCGCUGCGCAAAAUUUUAAUUAUCGCAAAUACAACGAUACAAGUGUGUGCUAAUAUAGCGGGUGUGCUGUAUUUGUGAGUGUUGAAAGUAUAAAAAAAUUGAUUGAAUUACGGAAUCUGGUAUUCAGCAAAAGACUUGGCCCGCACACACACACCAGCAAAGAUAAGCCCAUAAUAUUAAUAGACACAUAGAGCGUAGAGGAGCAACGUUAAAGCAUCAUGGCAGACAGCGAAUUCGAGGAGUUCCACAGGCCCAUCUUUGAGCCACAUCAGAUACAAACUUAUAUGAGCCCUGGCCAAAAGAAAAAUAACGCCCAUACAUUCUAUUCCUUAAUACCGAAUGACGACCUCGAGGAUUCUCCAUCUUCGAAGAGUGAUGCCUCUGAUCAGGAAGAUGCCGGCGGUGGAGAUCUUUGCUGUGAAACAACAAAACUGCAGCGUCAAGUAGAGGAUGAUGAAAUCGGUGACGGUCUUAAGGUGGUAUCGCUCUCUUCGGAUGGCUCGUUGGACACAAAUGACUCCUUCAAUUCACAUCGUCAUCAUCCGUUGAAUCAUCAGGAUGCAAUUGGUGGCCUGGUUGGCAUUGGUACAGGUGCUGGCACGGGCAAUACAACCGGCACUGAUUGCGUAGUCGGUUCGCAAUUAUUACUUUCUCCCAAUACAGCUGCUGCAAUUGGUGCGACCCAGCAGCAACAACGACGUCGACGAAAAUUACCGGAAAUACCAAAGAAUAAGAAAUCUUCCAUUCUACAUCUUUUAGGUGGUGGAUAUGGGCAGACUACAUUGGCUGACGAAAUGAAUAAUGGGCGCAAUCAAUCGAACGACAACAAUAACGCCAUCACAGGCAAUACUGUUAACGGCAAUUUGAACGGUUUAAAUGGUGGCACCACAGUACGAAAUAAUCAACGCUCAUUUUUGACACUGAAAUGUGGUUAUCUACUAGAUGAGGACUCCAGUCCAGAUUCCGAACGUUUACAGAGUUUGGGCGAUGUGGAUAGUGGCCACAGUACAGCACAUUCCCCAAAUGAUUUCAAAAGUAUGUCACCACAAAUCACUUCCCCCGUUUCACAAUCACCAUUUCCUCAGCCAUUCGGUGGUGUGCCCUUCUCCCAACUGGAAAUGCUUGAAGCUACACAUCGUGGCUUACACAAGUUUAUACCUCGUCAUCAUGAUGAAAUCGAAAUUGAAAUUGGCGAUGCUAUUUACGUACAAAAAGAGGCUGACGAUCUCUGGUGUGAGGGUGUAAAUCUGCGCACUGGUCGACAGGGUAUUUUUCCCUCAGCCUAUGCGGUUGAUUUGGAUUACAAUGAGUUCGAUCCGACGGUGCAACAGGUGAAGAAGGAGCGUUAUUUACUCGGUUACUUGGGUUCGGUAGAGACAUUAGCUCACAAGGGAACCGGUGUUGUGUGCCAAGCAGUGCGUAAGAUUGUUGGUGAAUAUGGCAACUCACCAGCCGGUCAAGUGUGCAUACUGGAGGUGUCGGAUCAGGGUUUGCGCAUGGUAGACCGUUCGGGACCAAAUAAGAAGGACAAGAAACCCUGCAUCGAUUACUUCUACUCACUAAAGAAUGUCUCAUUCUGUGCAUUUCAUCCACGUGAUCAUCGCUUUAUUGGCUUCAUAACGAAGCAUCCAACGGUGCAACGUUUCGCAUGUCAUGUCUUCAAGGGCUCUGAGUCGACACGCCCCGUAGCCGAAGCCGUGGGUCGAGCAUUUCAACGUUUCUAUCAGAAAUUCAUAGAAACAGCAUAUCCGAUUGAAGAUAUAUACAUAGAGUAAGCUGUAAGCUAUUCGUAUUGACUGGUUCAUAAAAUGGAUGCGCUGUGCUACUAUUGCAUAGAAAUUGCUAGUGCUGGUUUGUGGUUUACGCUUAUUUUCCCCCAAACACACGUUAACACAAAUAAAAAAAAAAUAAAAAUGUUGUCUUCAACAAGUGUGAAGUGAGUACUUUUAGCGGGUGAUAUGUACUCUCAAGCUCGUGUUUAUUUAAA